AUGGACUUUCCCAAUGUCGACUUGAACCUCCGGUGGCAGGAUCAGAAUGUGGUCAAGAAGGAUGGCCAGUGGACUGUUGAUGGACGACCGACCGUUGGUGUUGCUGUGUCCCAUGUUCAUCACCCGCCCAACAUCCCCGGCCAAACAUGGCUCGGACUCACCGUAACGGCUCCUGUAAAUGCGGCCACGCCUCCUCACACUCACGCCGGCGCAGCUGUCGUAGCAACCGUCAUCCGCGGUCACGUCCUCAACCAGAUGGUCCACGCUCACGUAGACCCGGCAACUGGCGAGACACGCUCUCAUGACAGUGGUGCCAAGAUUUAUGGUCCUGGAGAGAGCUGGUAUGAGGCUCCAGGCUGUCACCACGUCCGUUCCGAGACCGUUGGCGAUGAAGAGUGUGUCUUUAUCGCAAACCUCAUUGUCAGCACGGAUACUUUCAAGGGGCUGGAUGUCAAGUCUCGAACCCCAGAAGACGACUUGGCCAAGAUUCUGCGUGUUGUUAUUAUUGACAAGGAGGUUGAAGAGCAACAGGCUGCUGCCGCACAACAGUAA